UCAGUGCACAAAUUCACCUCAACGUGGCGAGUAGGUGGUUUUGCUGUAGAAAUUUACGACCAAAACUCAAAAGUAGGAAAUUUUUCCUACAACGAAAAAAAUAAACAAACGAACUUGUAGCAAGACCGGCGCCUGUUUGUAGUGUGUUUUCAAAAAGAAGCAUGUAAUUAUUUUGACAAUUGAAUUUCGAAAAAAAGCUACACAUUAUAAUUUGUGCAAAUUCUCUCAAGAGCAAAGCGAAACGUGAGCGCAUCAAUAUUUGUUGUUGUUUUUUUUUUUUUGUUUGGUGCUUGCAGCGUAUGCAAUAGAAUUUGUGCGCUCUCAAUCUGCAUAUUUACUAGCUCAUUGUGCGCCCGGGAUCUGUGUUUUAGCUUUAGUUAAUUUUUCGACGAAAUUUUAUCAGUAACGUUUUGAAAAUUCCCAGCAUGAGGAAUAGUGAAAUAAAAUAAAUAAUUUAUUACAUUUCGAAGAAUGUGACUUAAUGCGAAAAAAGUGUUUGCUUUAAAAACAAACCAAAUCAAACGACAACGAUUUCUGUAACACUUUAAUUGUGUACCAAAGAAGUGUCUAAAGAAGUAAAUCUUUAACGACUAGCAACCAAAGUGCCUAAAGUAUUAUAGAGCAACGAAAAAUAGUCUACCAGCCACAGAUAUCAUUUUCGCUUAUCGAAAAUUUAAUAAAUUCUGUACGAAUGCUGAACUUGGUGCUGUAGAGAGACAAUAAUAAUACGAGUAAUAAUAAACAAAAGUAAAAUUUCGAUGACUGUUUUGCGCUGUGGAAUCUAACUGCCGCUUGCCAUUUUAAUCUAAGCAAUCGUGUUAAAGCAUCAACACGAAAUUCAAUCAACGACUACGUUAAAUAUCUGAAUAUCUAAAUAUAAAUACACGCCUACAUAAAUUGGUUGUUAAUUGCAGUAACUGCUAAAAAGGCAAAACGUGUAGUGCACUGCAUAUUUGAUACAGCAAAUCAGUGAGACAAAACUUAGCAGGAAUUACACCAAGGAAAAAAAGCACUGGUGCCUCUUGUGGAGUGAUUGCAUAAGCGAAAGUGCAACGAAAGCGGCAUGCGAUUGUUGCAGCUGACGUCAAUAACUGAAAAGGAACACCAAAUUUUGGGCUGCGCCAAAAGAGAAAGGCAUUUUAUUUUAAGAAAGGAAUAAUUGAAGAAAAGCCAAAACCAAAAAAACAAAAGCAAAAAUUGCAUUUCGUGAUAGGAGAAAAUUAAAAAUUAAGCUAACAAAAUGGAGCAUUUGGAUUUGGCAGGUGUGAUCAAUACACCAGUAAUGUGGAAUAUGUCGGCAUUCGAUCAACAAGAUGCCAUUUACUUGUCCAAUUCGCGGCAAAUGCUCGAGCCAAUACUCGAAGAGACGUCGGAGGAUGAGGAACACGCGCAAAACAGUUGGAAUCAGUACGAGCAGAGCAGAGAACACUUCUGGAGUUCCGCGGAAUCGGAAACUGGUUCUGUCAUAAGAGUCGAAAUUAGUAAAGAUCCCGAUUCGAUUUCAGAGCGCGAUUUCGUCUGCCCUGCCAAACGUGCGCGCCGCUGCGACGAUUUCAUUAUCGGCGGUCAACUAUCCUCAGCCGCACAAUCGACUGCUCAACAGCCUUCGCAAGUGCAAGCCGCGUCGGGCACCUAUGAUGAUACUGUUCUGCUGCGGCGAACCCAACGCCCAAUCGAUACCAAUGAGGCAAACAGCAAUAGCUUAGAACGCUUUCUUGCCUAUGAGGCAUGCACGCGCGACAGUUGGGGCCAGCAAUCGCUGCAGGUACUGCCACAACGCAAUAGUACUGGCAGUCGACGCUUCGAUGAAUACUCCGACUCGGAUAGCAUUUCAUACCAUUCGCUUAGCCGCUCAUCCUCACUAAUACAGUUUGAGUCUUUGGAGCGACAGCUACAGCUGCAGGAGCAACACGCGAGCAUGUCCAGUUUAGGCAACUCAUCGCCCUCGUUGCUUAGUUUCGAUGACGCACGCAGCACUGGCGCCUUAAAUGGCGAGGACGGUGUGCGUAGUGGUGCUAAUAGCGGCAGCAAUUCGGGUAAUAAUAGUCGACGCGGCUCACAAAGCUCUCUGCUAAAGCGCUUUGAGUCGUCGGAUGGGCGGCUGCAUCAGACAUACUUCGAUCUGGACAAAUUGAGUUUUGAUGAUGACCAGCGUGUGAUUUUUGGUGCUAAUAAAGCAAAUUUGAUGGAAGCGACUGUGGGCGAGGUAAAAUCUGAUUCGGAGUCAUCUACUAGCUCGGAUAGUUCUUCAGGCAACAGCAUUUUGACCGCAUCCAAACCAUCGGCAGAAGAUUUGACUGACUCGAGUAGCACGGCGUUCACGCGUGCCGGACGCAUCAUCGCCUUCCAACGUGCAGGCAAGAGUUCGGCGGAAAACCUCUCCGAAGACUCGGGCUACUGUGAGCCGUCGACGUUGCGGCGCACCAAAUCGAAAAGCAUACCAAACAAUUUCGAGAAAUUCUGCGAAGAGGAGGAGGAAUUCCAGCAAUACGACUACGCGUCGGAAAGGCAUGCGGUUGGGGACGUUGACAGUGUGACAAAAACAACACACCAACAGCAACAACAUUCCAAAAACAUCAUCAACAACCAUAACCACAUUAACAGCAAUAACAACAACAUACGCGGUGAUGCCGCGUCCACAAAACAUUACGUCGUAGAGCAUGAUAUAUGUCAGCCAAAAAUAAAUGACGCCACAUUCGUCGUAGCCACGGACGACGAAACAGCAUUGAAUGCGCCAACCACGCCGCCGCCACUGCCAACAUCUUCACUGCCACCAGCGAUCAACCGAGAAGGAGGGGAGCAUGCCGAAAUGGACGACAGCGAAGGCGAUGUCGGCCAUGUAGAGGAAUGCGACGAGGAGCAUGAUGUAGAUACAGAAGCUUUUGGUUCGCGCCAUGUAUCGGCGUGUCCACGCUACGAACGCGUUAAAAAUAGCCCAACGCGAGAGGCGGCGACUGCCUGUUUGCUGCUCGAGCAGCGGCGCUCGUUAGCCCACUCGCCUUCGCCUGUGGCGUCCGAUGUCUCUUCAUCGUCAGCGUCAUCGGCGUCGUCAGGCAGCAGUUGCGGCACAACGCGAUCCUCCACCUCGGCAUCAACAUGCGCCUCUGCCGCCUCAUUCACAUGGCUACCAACACCGAAACAGUUGCAACUGCAACAACACCAACUACAAUUACAAUUAGAACGAACGCAACGGCAAACGUCAGCAUCCGCCAAGUUAGAGCUAUUAGCAGCGCAACAGCGUUCGACUCUCGAGAAUUUUUGUGCGAGUCUACGAAACAGUUUGCCAGACAUACGCGACGCGUUAGGUACUAUAACCUGCAAUACUGUUAUCGAAACAAAUUUUCCCAUAUUGUCUGAGAAACACAACGGCAGCGACGUGAGCGACGCAAACGGCCACGGACUGGAGCAUUUACGGAGUGAAACGAAAACACCAGAACGUGAACGCAUAGAUACCGAACGGUCAGACGGCAGCACAAGGAGGCCAACGCACAAUUUAGACGAUUCAGACUUUAGUACAACAUCGCCAUCGGCCUCAGCAUCGGCGCGCGAAAGCCACAGUGACGAAACGGACAACGAGUCUACACCUGAGGCAAAGAAAAGACAACGCGUCUACAACAACGGUAGUGGUGGUGGUAGUGGUGUGCCUGAAAGUAGCAGUGUUGGUGGCUUUAGUGGUUACGUCAGUAGUGGACGGCGCAUUUCGAGUGUACCAAGUGAACUGAAUAAAUUAGGACGCAAAAAGCGUGUGAGCACGCGUUAUAGACAUAGCAAAUCGUCACCUGAAGAGAACGCCGCGACCGAGACUAGUCCUAGCAAUUCCAGUGCAGACGAAGCAGAGGACGAGGACUUUUUCGACCCCGCAGCAUCGUUCAAAAUACGACGUAGCUGUAGUUGGUCAGAACGACGCGAACGUAAUUUGCAGCGCUUCGAGGCGGCGUUUGGCAGUAGAGCGCAACGGGAGGGUAGCAGGUCUUGGGUUACACAGUCGCUGGGCUAUAUGAAUGCCAGCUAUCAGGACUUAACACAGUUGGAUUAUUCGGGCAAACAGCUGGAAGGAGGAAGUCGGCAACAGUCCAAUUUGAAGCGUUGUAGCGAUUACGUAGCAAGCGACUGCGACCGCGACACCGGCAGCGACGACAUGGACACGCCCAAGAGCACGGCCACCGCUGACUAUGAGAAUAUAAUUUGCAAAGGUAAUUUCUUGCUCGAUGAACUGUCACAAAUAUACGAUCGCAAUGCUUCGAUUUUGAACGAUAAGCCGAUCGGCGCCGAAGAGCAAUUGCUUUUACCUAAAACAGACGAUAUCGUGGAUCGUCCAAGCUGCAGUCCGCGCGCACCUCCUCGUCAGCGCAAGCACUCCAACUCGAGUUAUUCAGAUUUGGACAGUGUUGGUGGUAGUGUCGGUUGCGCCGACGAGCAGGUAGUUGGACCGACAGCACAGCAUGUGCAAUUGAUGAUACGCAAACCGCCCGCGCGUCAAAAGCACGCACGCAAAUCGGAGGCAACACACAGUUUAAUUAGUGACGCGCAACUAUUCGCAAGUGAGACGACCACCACAAAUACGUCAACUAUGGCCCACAGCAAAACUUUCGACCAGGAUCCAACCAAUUUGCACACCAGUUAUACACAAAGUCUAGAGAAGUGCAAUUUCGAUCCGAAGGAGCUGAGCAACACAGAACUAAAUAAGUCGAAUUCAAUACCAAAGCGACGCUUCCACUCCCAAACGAAUACAACGAAGCAGCGCAACAUGGUAUCCAGCACGCCCAACUUAAAUGCCUACGAUCCACAUGCGGAUGAAGUAGAGGACGACAUGUACGUGUCCAGCGCGCACACUUCAAUGCAUCAACUGCCGCAGGCCACAGCACAAAAGCCUCUUGGCAUACUGCUGCCCGCAGGUUCGCGUACUUCAUUCAGCAAGGAAGUCAGCUUCUGUCCGGUCGUAUCGCAAUACUCUUGGCAGGAGCAAUCCUCUGAGGAAUACGCUGAGCAGCAUCAACAUCAGCAGCAGCAAAGUGAGAAUGCGCCGUCAGACGGGCAACAGGAAGAUACGGACGAUGAGUUGCUGGACAAUGCGGACGCCACAGUCAUACAGAAUACGCGCGUGAACGAAAUGAUUGCGGCGCGCUAUGCGGUUGAACUUAAGAAUGCGCUCACAGUGGGCAACGCUAGCAAGAGUGUGGCACAAAUAAGAGCGGUGCCCAUUGAGAAAGUAAGAGCGUUGAUUAUUGUCAAAGAGCGCCAAGCCGCCGAAGAGCGCGAGCGAGAACGCGCACGUUUGCAAGAGCGCGAGCAGCUAGAAGAGAGUGCACAACACACAGAGAGUGCGGGAAAAACAUUGCACAAAGUCAUUGACUACAGCGCUGAAACAAAGGGAGAAGCAUUAAAACUAGACUCAAACGCUCCAGCCGACGUUGCUGCUGCUACUGCUACUGCUGUUGGCUACAACGAAACAGUGGACGCUGAAACAGUGAAUGUUAGUCACAAAUCGACGAUUAUUGAUGCAACAACUAAUUUUAUAAAAGCGGAGCAAACGACGGUCGUGGAAGAAGAAGCAAACAACGAAAUCAACAACGACGCGCAAACCAAUCGGAAUAGUAGUUUUAGCGGUGCGAGCUGGAGUGGUGCUAGUUUUAACGAUAACGCCAGCGAUAGUAAUAGCGCCGCCAGUGGAAAAGCUCAAACGCGUCCGCUCAGCAUACACCUGCCGAUACUGAGUGAGCCGCCCACAAAUCGCGCCCAUCAUAUUUUAUACGCGUCUCAGCAGCUGCUCGACAAUUUCGAGCGCCGUGAAAGUGAGCAAUAUUACAAUCAAAAUAACGUCAAUAAGUGUGAAAGUGCUUUAGGGGGUAGUGAGGGCGUGGCCGAUAGGCGUACCAAAAGUGUUGGUAAUUUGAGUGUUGCACAAACAACGCGUUACAGAAUGUCUAACGCAACAGUGGGUAUGGGUGGCCAAAGCGGCAGCGGCAGCGGCACUGCGGCGGCAAACAAUAACAAUGAUUUACUAAAUAAGAAGUUCAAGGAUGAAAAACAUCCCAGCUCGAAGGGCUUUCUGUCGCGUUUCGCGCAUGGCUUACGCUUUUCAUUGAGGCGUAAAAACAAAAAGCAAUUGCAACAGCAGCAGCAACAACAACAACAACAGCAUGAACAGCAGGUCAGUGAUCAGAAUGGCAUGACGGCAGCAGCGGAUAAAUCUACAAUGCGUAAGAGUUUCGGUAAGUCAGCAACAUUGCCUCAACUAAAACAACAACAACAACAACAACGGCAAGCAUCUGUACAACAGUUGUCCACUACGCCAAAUAAAGCUAAACGUACUUCCGCUCAGAGCGGAGCAGAUUAUAUUUACAUACCGUUAAAAGGUCCUAUACCACCAGCAGGUACACAACCACCACCACCAUCGGCAACGGUUUCCGCGAAUGGCGGUAAUUCCGCUACACUACCAGCCAACUUCAGCCCAGCUGAUGCACAAAUUGGCGCCAAAGGCCAACAAACGGCGACUCCAAAUAAUAACAACAGCGCCACCAACACCAACACCAACAGCUCCGCUAUCAACUCAAACAGAAGCGGCAGCGACAAAAGUGAUAUGCGUGCCAUCACAGACAAAAACGGUGAACCGCUCGUUACCGGCAAACCGCCGAAGCCCUAUCGUUACGGCACAAUACCGUCCACCACCUCCAGCACAACGAUUAUUACUAAAUAUUUUGGUAGUGGCCGGCGACAGGGCGGUGGCGGUGUACCGGCACAUGCGCACAAGGACGGUAAUGGCAAGGCAAAUGCAACCAACUUCAAGUCGCGUAGUCAAUUCUACACUGAUUUCCUCGAUGCCGAACGGUCGUACUACGAUGACGAAGAAAUCGAAAAACAGUUAGAUGCGGGCUUGCAAGCGAACGAUAACGCCGUCACAACAACGCCCAACGACGCGCCCGCUAACGCGAAUGACUCGAACGUAUCGGAAAUAACGCUACAACAACAACAACAGCAAACGCUAAAUCAAGAAAACUUACGCGAAACAGAUAAUUCGAGUGAAUCAGCGAGCGUCAUAGUGGAAUACGAAACUCCUUCACGGGCACAACAAUCGGCUCAAGUCGCUUAUUCCUUGCCGGGUGUUACACGCGAAACAGUUAUGUUGUUAACCACCGGCACAACCGGUUCCGGUGUGACGGUCGGCGCUAAUGGCAGCGAUAGUAACGCGCGCGUUGUCGCACCCACCUACACAACCAUGUCGAAUGCGUAUUUGCAACAUACCAAUAAUAACAACAAAAUCGGCUUAAUCGAAACAAAUUUGGAUACGCAUGAAACGGUUAUAUCGGGCAAAACGCGUUCGCUGGUGGACAUCGUCGGUCCACAGCAGCAUCAACAACAAUACGGUGUUGUUGGUGGCGGUAUCGGUGCGGGUGGCGUUGCCAAGCGGUUGAAUAUGAGCGCGGCUUGUGGUGGCAAUGUAGACUUGGACGACGAUUUGGAUGAGGAUGUGCGUGUUUAUGGUCACGAUGUUGGUGGUAGGGGUGGUGCUGUUGUCAUCAAAUCAACAACCGCGAAUGGCAGUCAAAUUGCAUCGGUGCGACGUCCGCACAAAAGCAUGGAAUUCCUAUUGGACAAGGAGAAUCAGAAGAAUGUUUUGGUAUGUACCUCUGCUUGCUUAACAUAAAAUAUGCCAACUACUUCCAUAAAGAUAAGAGGUAACUACUCUCUUUCACUUAGAAAGCAUUUAAUGCCCGAAAAGUAUAAUAUUUAUGCGCCUUACCCCAUGUAUGCACGUAUACGGAGGUAUAUAAGUGUGUAUGAGUACAUAUUUUACCACAGCUCUUUAGGAGCUUCCCAGAAACUUUCACAUUUCUCUAUUCUAUGCCACCAACAGUCAACUAAAUCAUUUCUAAAACAUGUCGGCGGCAUAUAAAUUUUUCUAUGUGCUUGUAUUUUGUUGUUUUCUGGUUUGCACUUAAGUUUGGGAAUGGUUCGCCACACAUCAAAAAUAGCAGGAAAUGUAUUCCAAAUUUGUGUUCCCCUCAGCAAACUUGGUGUUGUUUUAUUGCCGGCAUAGCUUUGCUGUAAUUCCGUAUUUUUGCUUUUGGUACACAGCUGGAUUUUGUGGUAUUAGUUUGGAACAUGUUUUUUUUUUGUUUUGUAGUUUUCUGACUUCAGUUGUUGCAGUUGUUUAUUCGGUUUUUGUUGAACUUUGGCGCAAUUAUAGCGCGUGUACGUGCUUUGGAACAAUUAAUGACAGCCAAGUGUGGCGAAAAUCAUAAUAAACAAGUGAGAAGAACUUUCAAUGUAAAUAAUGGAUAGAUGGGCCCCAGGCGCAUGGCGAUAUGUACUUGUACAUGCCUACAAAGAUUAGAGGCACACAUACACACAUACGUACACACACAUACUCAUAGACAUCAAUCAAAUUAAGGUACAAAAUACAUUCUGUUGAGCACAAACAGCAGUAAUAAUAAGAAAAAGUGCCUUAUUGAUUUGCAAAACAGAUGAGGAAUACGUGAUUGAAUAACAAAGUUCACUAAACAGCAAAAAAACGAGACGAGAAUAAAAAAGAAUUCAGUCAUAGAAAAAAUUAGAAUUGUAGCAUAUAACUGUAUACAAAGAUCGAAACGAAAACGAAAAGUAAACACUGCCAAUGUUGAGAGGAUAAAAUUCUUGAAAUCUGGCAUAGCAAAAUAGAAGUCUAAGGAUUUAGCAGCAGCUUUCACGGCUUGAAAAAGACUAUGAAAAAUCAAUUUUUGCAAUUUUUAGUAGAGGUAAGAAGUAAGCAGGUAAAGAACUCAAAUUGCACUUCCACUUAAGUAAUUGGUGGAGGUGCGGCGAUAAAUGUAUAAUGUAUUUUAAAAGGGUGCAGCACCGAUAAAUGGGUGAUUUGUAGCUAACAGGAAAUAGAAAUGUGCAAAUAAUGUAAAAAGAAAUUUUAAAUUAUAUUUAAAGUAUCGCGAGCGUUAAAAAUAAAAGAAAACAAAAUAAAUCGGAGUUUGAAACGAUUUUAAUCGAAAAGGGAUAAUGCCGCAAAAAAGAUAUAGACAAAAAUUUUAAUAAUAAAAAUAAAACGAGUAAUAAAAGUAAUAACUGUAAAAAUAAUAAAUAAAAUAAUAAAAAUGUAAUAAAAUAAUAAUAAUAAUAAAUACAAUAAUUUAAUAAUAAUAAUUUUGAACCAAUUUUAAUCGGAAUAAAAGGGGUGUUGUUGUUGAAGUUGUUGAGUAUUUCUACUGAAAUAAUCCUAAUUAGCGACCAGCACCGUUUUUGGAAAAUGCCAAAGAAAAAUAAUUUAAAAAAAUAACAAAAAUAAAAUAAAAACAAUAAUAAUAAUAAUAGAAAUAUUAAUAAAAAUAAAAAUAAUAACAACAAUAAAAAUUUUAAUGGAAUAAAAUAAUCAUCAUCAUAUUUUGGCUCUACAGCUCUUUGUGAGCUUUGGCCUGCUGCACGUGGGACCUCCAUACGUCUCGAACGCUUGCGACUUUUUCCAGUUCGUUAUCCUAAGUUUCUUGAUGUCGUCCUCUAGUUCGUGGGUCCAUCUUGUUCUCGGCCUUACUCUUGCUCUACUGUUGAACGCUCUGGCUACUACGAUCUUCUUCUGCGCCCUCGUACCGUCCAUUCUUGUAAUGUGACCCAGCCAUCUUAACCGCUGCGCUUUAAUAAAAUAAUAAAAAUAAUAGGAAUAUUAAAAAUCAAAUAAAAAAUGGUCUAAAAAUAAAUCGUUCUAAAAAAAAAAAAAUAAGUAAAUCUAUCUCACAAAAUCGCAACAAAAAGUAACGACGCGAAAAAAUUGUCUAAAACUUAAUCGAUUAUUUUCGUCACAACUAAGAUUAAGAUUAUUGUACCGUUUACAAACGCCAGAACGAUUGUUGAAUCGAUUCCAAUCGUAAAAUUAUUCCAAAAAUAAAUCAUAAUCACAAUAUCGAUUAAUUUUUUCCUUGGCAAUAACGCAACUGUUGUACUGUACAACUGUACUGUAUUUUUGUUUUUUUUUUUCUAAAAGGUACCGCCAUUUAAAAAAUGAUCUUAUAGAGUUCUGCAUCUAUUUGAAUAAUUCCAUGAGUCUCAUCACAAAUAAAUAAAAAAUUAAGUUUGGUGACCUCGACUGAUCGAUUUUCGAUUUUUGAUGCCUCGCAGUCACUUAUCCAAUAUUGAGUGCAUGCCGAAACACAGUGCAUUACAACUUUUAGAUUCUUGUUUUCAAUUGGUAUACUAAGUUUAUCUGCAGGAGAGUUUUAUUUUUCUUUUCUUUUCAAAAUACACUCUUAUUGCGCCCUUUCUCUCCUCCUCCAGUUAUAUAACUAAGAAAUGUUGAUACGAGUAGCAUUUUACUGUUAUUACCUACAUACAUACAUAUAUGCCUUACAUAUUUUUUUCUCCCAUUUUCAUGCAUCUAACUUUUUCUCUCAGAUAGUUCUUCUAUUCAUUAAAGUUCUCAAGAGAACUUAAGUCAACUAAACUCCAUUGCAUUUCCCCACCCACUUUAGCUUGGCAUUGCGUGCACACCCGCACAGCGUAGAGAGGUUAGCAAACUCAUGUACAUAUGUGUGAAUGCACAUAUAAACGGACAAUGUUCACAAGACAACUUUACAGCAGCAUAAAGUGCAUGACAGAAAAUUCAAUUCAAUUUGUUGUACAGCACAACGGGUAUUAAAGGAAAAAGGAAAGAAAAAUAAACACGCGGAAGCGUAAUAGAAAAACAUAGAAAAACAAAACGUAUAGAAAAUAAAGUAAAUUAAAACAACAGUAGUGCUGGAAGGCGAGGAAAAUGAAAUAAAAGAUUUGUAUAUAUGAGAUAGAAGAGAAAAUUAAAGAGGGGUCACUUAAAGCUGAAGUUAAGUGAAUCUUCAGAAAUUUUAUUGUCUUUUGAUGAUUGUUUGUGGCGGGUGAAGUAACUAUUACUGGAAAAUGCAACUUUAAGGGAAAGUUGGAAAAAAUAUACGAACUAUGCUGGGGUUGUAUGUUUGCUCUCUGGUGUAACUAAGAAUACAUACAAACAGAGAGCUUAAGAAUUGCAGCACAGGCACUUACAUAUGUAUUCACAGGUUUUUUAAAUUUAUUUAUUGGCAAUUUAAUUUUAUACAUUUUUUGGGAAAAUUUAUUAUAUAAAAUUCUAAUAUAACUUAUUUAUAAAAGAAGUAACAGCCUUUCACCAAAAUUUAAAAUUUUUUAAUCAGAAUUUUAAUAUUUUUUGGGGAAGAUUUAAUAUAUAAAACCUUCCACAAAAUUACACAUUUUUUAAACAAAAUUUUUAGAAAAAUUUCAAGUUGGCAUGGUUGUCGCCUCUUGAAUUUGGGUAUAAUAAAGCGCAAGUGAAUUGUGCAUUUUCUCCAUUAAAGGAAUUCUUCACAUUUUUUUAUUCAAACACCCAACAACGUCGGCGCAAAAAAUUUCAGAAAUCAACAAAACUUUUGAAUCACUUCAAAGUACUAGGUGGCGCAAAAUUAAUCACCCUCUCAGAAAAUUUAUAAUACACUUCACACAAAAAUUAAGGGAGCAGUAAAAUUUCCUAAAUUUCUUAGUGAUUUUUGAAAAGCUGUAUCUCGGUGAAAAAUGGGCGCUCGGAGUUCCGACAAAAAUCAAGAAGAAGCUGACUCUCCCCUCUUUCCAAUCUUGCCUGCUCGGAAAGAUAGCCCUAGCACAACCCUCAAAGCACAGUGUGCGGAUGGAGAGGUAAGUGCGAAUAACAGAGAAGGAAGGGGAGAUUUGAUUCAAGAUGCUGCUAUGUCCUACAGGAAGUUGCCUCCAAAGGCCAAUCUCCUUCAGCCUAAUAGCACUCUGAGCAGCAAUGGAUUUAACAUGCAGAUCCACAGGAAGUAAGUGCAGAAUAACGUUGAGCGCAGCAGUGGGACAUGUUCUACAAGCACCAGUGAUGCCCACACAUGCAGUUCUCUGCACUCUCUCUAAUUUAGUGGUGUUGUAGCCCUUCUGAAGAGAUACCCACCAAACUAGGCAACCGAAUGUCAAAAUUGGCCGAACCACUAAGCUGUACAUCCAAAGUGCGACACGUGGCUUGAGACCCCAUUUUUUGCCGAACAUAGAUUUACAAGCUUGCAUACUUGUUAUACUUUUUUCCAUGUGGUUGCUGAAGGAAUAGUUUUUAUUUCGACAAAAUACAAAAUAUUUUUGAGUGAAAAAAAUUUCAACUAUGCUUUUGUUAAAUCACUUUAAAUGUUGGUGCAUCAACUGCCUAAUAAAAAUAUUGACCUAAAAUCCCAAUCAUUUUUCCGGCAGGGUAGAACAGAAAAAAUAUAAAUAUGUGGUAGGCACCAUAAAUGUCGCUGUCAAAAAUGUCAGUUGUCAAACUGCAGCUGAUGAGUUUCCGAUGCAAAUGAGUAUGACAUGCAACAAGGAGGGAAAUAGUCGUCAAUAUACAUAUGAAUAAAUAUCAGAGGGAAUAAGUAGAGCUGGUGCAUACGCGUAUGUAAAUAUAGCACAAGUGAAGUGAUAGUGUGAGUAAGGCAUUUCAGGGUAAGUGUCAAAUUAAGUUUUUAAUAUUAUUUUUAGUCUUUUUGUACAUUUCUGAUAUCAUCAAUGAGAGCUUUCUGAAAGUUUUUCCAAUUUAGGCUUUGAAGAUGUGUUUUCGUCAGUUUAUAUUACCAAAAAAAAAAACAAAAUGGAAAAAGGCAGACCCCCAAUGCAUUUCUUUCAUACCGUUCGGUGUCGGCAUAAAGCUGUUGUUGCUCAUUUGUAAGAAAACAUGUUCACUACAGAGUAGAAGGGAAGUAGACGAAGUAAAUGAUGUUUCAUUAGAAAGUGUGAACCUUCUGAUUAAACGUAGAAUAAAACUUCUUUCAAACACCUGCCUGGGCUGGUUCUGCAACAGCUGUAGUCUAAGUUUUCAAUGUUCAAAGGUAAAAUAAUUCAUUUCGGCGAUGUUAUUAUACUGAGUUUCUGUCACUUUUCGUGGCGUAAAACAGUUGUGAUUGAAGAAGCGACCAGAUGACGGUUCGCUUUAUACAGGGCGGUUUUUCCAGCUGCAUGAGAACCACCGAUAUCGAUAACUAUGGUUUCACAGCUGUGUUGACUUUUUUGUUCAGUAAGAUUUGGCAAGUCAUCAUUAAUCGUUGCAUGCAAUAACAACGCUUUGUGAAAAUUUACUUUCUUCUUUAAUCUUAUUUUGGGUCGGCUCUCCUUGUGCGAAGUCUCCACAUCACGCCGUCCUGAGUCGGCUCUUCGCUGACGUUUCUGCAUCGCAUGUCGUUUUCAAUGGUGCUUUUUCAGGUUUUUGGUGAUCUGCCUGGCUCUCUGUUUGCUACUUCCAUCUGCAACACUUGCUUCACUGUGUGAUACUCUGCUCUUCUCACUACAUGGCCGUACCAACGUAGGCGGUUUUCCUGGAGUUUAGUGUCGAUUGGAGUAACUUUAUUGCCACCAAGAAUAAAUAUGUUUUGAAUCGUCUACGGCAGUGUAACGCCGCUGGCCCACCUCAGCCUUCCACCGCAGCGCUUGCAGUUUCAGCUAUAGCUUACGUGGUACAGCCCACCACUCGGAUGCAUAGGUCAUUGCCGUCCUGAUCAUGCUUUUGUGGAUUUUACCUUUUAAUUUUUGUGGAAUUUUCUUGUCGCACGGGACACUGGAGACUGCUCCUCUGCUUUGUCAUCCACAUUGAAUUCGGUGAGCAGUUUCUCGUUCAAAGGUGUCAUCUUCGCUGACAAACGAGCUCAAGUGCUUACAGCUAUCAACGAUUUUGAGGGGAACGUUAUUUAUUGUGCAAGCUGAACUCUGAAAUCCCUGUGGAGCAAAGUGAAAAUCGAUUGCUUCGGGCGUUGUGCGGCUUACUCGUAUCCCAUUCGAUUCAAGGUCGGUACCUCGCUGGUUCAGAUUUUCGGUAUGACUUUGUCGCGUGCGAGAAGGGCUACAUCAUCAGUAGCGUCCAAGGGAGGUUGCCUUGGAUAUCACGCAUAAGGAAAUCCAUCACCAGAUUAAAGAGAAGAAGAUUUAAGGGGGGAUUCUACUGUAAAAAUCAAAUUUUCAUGGAUUUUGUUUUCCUACUUGUAUUAAUUUAAUUAGUAAAAAAAAGUUUAGGGUUACAUAAACACAGGUCUUGAGUGUACAAAAAAAUUUUAUAAAUUUAUUUUCAUUUCAAAAUGGCAGCUGUACAGCCGCUCCCCCGAAACGCCUUUUGAAAUCUGCCCACACUGUCGCGCAUUUAAAAAAAAUCUGAAAUGAAAAAAACCAAUUUUUUUUUAUUAUAUAUCAUUAUUUUUAGUUGUUAAGCCUAUUACUUGCAAAAAAAAAAUUUUUUGUAAAAUUUUUGAAGUUUUUUAAAAAAUCGACAUUUUUUUGUUGUCAUUUUGUUAUUAAAAAAGGGGUUAUAAAUUAUAAAUUUUU